AUUACUGUAGGUUUUUAUUGAAGGUCCUCAUUUAGUGACCUUGUGCUAUGAUGAUAAACGUUACAUUUGGAUUGAUUGUUUUGGGGCUUGUUAGCAUCUUUGGUGCGCAUGCGCAGGAAGAGCGAUUCACCUGGAUAUGUGAGGGGGAAGAGAAAACGAUCAGCUGUCCGAGUGGUCAGGCGCUCCACGUCCUCGCAUCGAGGUAUGGCCGUAAACGAAGAUCAGGAAUAUGUACUGCUGAUAUGGUUACUGUUCCCCGAGAAUGUUGGGUGGACACAUUCGACCACGUACGUCAGCUAUGUCAAGAUAGGCAGCGGUGUACAAUAUUAGCGAAUAACGAUAUUAACGGCGACCCUUGCCCAGAUAACCCACAAGACGUCCCCAGAACUAUGAGAGUGGAGUACCGUUGUCAAGUGCCUGGUGGCGGAGGAGGGGAGUGGGAAAGACCAAACGGCCGAGCUUUCCAAGUUUCGAACAGUCUCGAUAUCUUACUAGCCCAGGAGACUAUGACGCCGGGAGACUACAUGAUCAUGCGCGAUGGGGACUGGAACGACGCUGCGAUUGUGUUAACGGCGUCUGGGGCAGAGGGAGCGGGAAACAAGAUCUACCUCAUGUCGGAGACUGAUGGAGGUUCGGUGUUACGCGGGCGUUCUUCUAUUUCAGUAAUAGGGAGUCAUGUUGAAAUCAGAGGGUUGAGGUUCGAUGGAAGUGGUAGCAAUUUGAGAACUGGUGUUACAUUUGAAAAGGGUAGUCGUAAUGGCCGCCUUACCAACUCAGCGUUCACUGGGUGGUCCAGGACAGAUGAAUCCAAACAACAUUGGGUAGAGAUCUGGGGAGAUGACCACGUAAUAGAUUGGAACUCCUUCAUGGGUAAAGAGGGAUUGGGUCAAUUAGUUAGAGUCAAGUGCGAUGCAAACGAGCCUUCUUCAAGUGGGCAUUUGAUUGCCCACAAUUUCUUUGGACCUCGAGAGGUUACCCUUUCUGCUGAUGAUGGUGAGGGUAUUCAAAUAGGUCUCCAGCAGUGUGAGUUUGAUAAUACUUCCACAAUUGUUGAGUUUAACUAUUUCUACCAAUAUGAUGGAGAAAUAGAGUCAAUCUCCGUCAAGGCAAGUCACAACGUAAUUCGCUAUAACACAUUCGAAGAGAGUGCAUCGUUGGUGACAUUACGUCAUACAGAUAACACACUGGUAGAGGGGAACUAUUUUCUCUGUCGUGAAAAGUCUGGUUGCGGAGGUGUUCGAGUAAUGGGACGGAAUCAUAUGAUAUUGAACAAUUACAUGGAGCUAGAACGAGGGACUGGUGGCGUUCGGGGAGGUGUCAGCAUGCACAGUGGCGACAAUACUAGUGGGUCCAGGAGGUCGGCAGAUGAAUGUAUAGUUGAAAGGAAUGUGAUGGUGAACUGCAAAAAUUGCCUCCUCAUAGGAAGCAGCGAUACCGAUGCAAACUAUCCAACUGACAACUUCUACAGCAGAAACGUGCAGCAAGGUUUUUCGUCCAGGGCAUACCUGAUACGUCAUCGAGAUUCAAAUGGUCAGAUUUUUAUAGAAAACAUUAUGCAUACUGGGAGAAUUGAAAACCAGGAAGAGUUUGGCUAUGGCAUCAACCAGACUGACCCUCGAUUUGUGUAUGAUGAUACCCUUGGGAUAUAUCGGCCUUCUGUGGUUAGUUGGACUAUGACCCAUCCCCCAAGGACCAGAGAAACGACUGGGGCAAGAUGGUUGUAACUCCGUGGUCAAGA